GACAUUCUGUUCGCAAUCGGGCUUUCUUGUUAUUCCACAUUCUCUGGAGCCGUUGGGAAGGGAAAAUACAUUGGAGUACUAAUCUGAACUAAACACAGCAAUAGAUAGCAUUUUGGCAAUCAAUUUUAAAUUUCGAAAAAGUGUUUAUAUCGAAGUUAACACGCUUUGGAUUUCUUUUACUUACUUCACGGAUGCUCAUCACUUAAUUUUGAUCUCCGAAGUUUCGCUGAAAAGAUGGCCAUGAAAUCUCGUGUUUUCCAGUACUAUUUGGACAAUUUUUUCAAAUUUCCAAAAGAAUUAAAAAAUGAUAUAGUUUAUUGUCAGCGCUCAUUAAAGGCUCAUCUUAAAGUGCACCAGAUGGUGAUUGACGUAUUUGAACAGGAGGAAAAUGCAGAUCCUGCUCAAAAACAACGUAUUUUGGAUGAAAUUGAAUCGGAAAUUUACGAAAUAAAUGCCGAGCAGCAUUUCUUGUUUUUACGAGUGCGUCGAAUAGUUGACGAAUUUAAAAAAAUGUUAAAUAGAAAUGAUGUUUUAAUCGAUUAUGAAGCAAUUAAUUCUAUGAUAUCUAAAUCUGUAGUUCCAAGAAUAAAUGAUACGACAAUUGAAAUAUUACCCGUAUCAGUCCUAUAUAGAAAUACAGAACAAAAAUUAAUCGAAAAAUACUUCGAGAUACAAAAAGAAAAGAUCGUUUAUGAAAUUGAAGAUUCUGAUGAAGACACCAAUUUAAUUUCUCCCACUAAUGAAAAGAUGGAUACGGAAUGGGAUAUAAAUGAACCUAAGCAUAACGUAUUCGAUGUAAAUCAAACAAUGGAAGGUACAUAUUCAUAUCAAGGUUCUCUCGGAAUGUCAAGCAGUUUGUCGCAAAUGUCUUUAUUAAAACCAAUUUCGCAAAGGCUGAUAGGCAAUUUUGGAAAUGUUUCCAGUGAAGGAUUUCCUGACGCGUCCAAGUUCCUUCAAAUGCAUCUCGUCGAAGAAAAGGGUAGCGAUGAACCACCGAAAGACUUUGAAGUGCCUGUAGAAAUUAAAGAUGAACCUGUAAUAGAUUUUCCCGUAUCUAAAAACGUUAAAAUUAGUCGCUUAAAUUUGAGGCAAGCUCUCAAUAAAGCGCGGACUGAAAAUAUGGCUGCAAAGACGACGGCUAACGUGUUUGGGCGCUCUAUUGCCCCUACUAUAUCAGAAGUUGAGCCCAAGAUUUCUAAUGAAGCAGUAAUACAUUCUGCAAAAAAAUAUGAAAUUAGAACAAGGUCAGCCAGAAAUGCCAGCAGUGCAGUCUUGGUUGAAAAUGCCUCUGAAAUAAAUUCAUCUUCUGAUGAUUCUAAUCCGGAACAUCUUCCAGUCCCUCAACCUCAUAAAAGCUUCUCUGAACCAGGUGAAGAACGCACUCUACCUCUGCAUUAUGGACAAGAAAUGUUCUUACGUAUCUUUCAACUUUAUACUCCUACUGUACUGGUCCAAAUGCAACAACGGAGGUCAAAACGUAAACGUCGUACUGUAUACAAUAAUGAAAGAGCUGAUUUUCAUUACGGACGUAUUGAGUAUGGUAGCUAUCCACCUCCAGAAAAGAAGCGAAAAACAUUUUUGCUCUCACCUCAAGUAAAACGUGUCUUACAGUCGAAACGACCGAAACGGGUUGUUGUUGAGAAGAAUGAAACUACAUCACUAUCGCGUUCCAGUUCAAGUUCCCCAGAUGAAAAACGGCGUUGCAAUGAGUGCUUUAAAAGUGAUGAUUGUUUUGAUAUGUGUUCUGAAUGUAACGGAUAUUACCAUCAAAUGUGUCAUAUUGAGGAGACUGCAGAAAUAUCUGGUCAUAAAUCUGAUUUAGUUUCGAAGAAGAAUCUUCCAAAAUUAUGUCCUGCCUGUAAACGUCAAAAUGCAAGCAUUUUUAACAAAGUAGAUGAACUGCAGAGCGUUGCACAGGAGUUGGAAAAAAAACUCGCUCAAGAAAAGAAUCGACGAGCCAGCCUGCAACAUGAGAGCAAAAUGUACAAAUUACAAAUGCGAAAUUUAUUCAAUAUUGUUAAUACUAUUAAAAGUGAUCAGGAGAAUGACAGUUCUGGAUAGUAACUUAAUUAAUUUCAAAAGAAAAUUAUAUUUUCUUACCAUUCUAUAAAUAAGUUUCGUUUCCAUGAUUAUUAUGUUAAUUGAAAUAUAACAUUAUUUUUUAUAUUUGAUAUAUCUCAGAAUUUCAUAUUUACAAAAUUUAAAUAUAGUUUUUUUUUUAUACUUAUUUACAUAUAUUAGGGCUGUAAAAAUUAUAAUCAAAUUACUAUUAUAUGCAAUAAUGCCAUCUUAAUUAACGCCUAUCUACAUUACAAAUUUCAAUUAUUAAGAUAAACAUGUUGAAAGUUGAUUCACUUUAGAGUUUCGCUUUGUUCUAAAAAGGUUUCGCGCUAAUAUCAUCUUUAAAAUAAUUCAAAGCAAAUUUUAAGUGAAGCAAUUUGAAUAAUGUAUAUCACUUAAAAUUGUUUAAUUAAUUAAAGUGUCCCAUCAACUACAUAUU